AUCUAUAUAACUUUGAUCAUUUUGGACAUACCAUGAAAUAUGUAGGUUUCUAAAUUAAUAGUUGCAAGAUUUGUGUUCAGCAAUAGUAAUUAUCAUCACUUCAAAUCACCAGCUACAUCAGUGCCAGUGAUUGCUGUUUGGAACUGUCUAAAAUUCAAAGAAGUCAUUUUCUUCUCAAAACAAUAAAUUUUAUAUUAUCAUGUCAGAUCACAAUCAACCACAAUGCAAUGGCAAACAAAACUCAAAUAAUGUAUUAAAAAACUUGAGCGAUUUAGUAGACUUUUAUAAAGAACUACAAACUUUUGCAGAACUUACAAAAGAUAUCUUAAAACAAUGCUCAAAUAUUAACAAAUGUAAUACUCCUUCAGCCGGUAAAAGUACACAAUUGGUAAGCAACUCAUCUCCUUGUCAUCAUCAUAAUUCCGAACAACAGAUACAACGCCCAACUGCGCAAACAGAAUUAUCGGAAAACUACGAACAAGAAGAAAGUUGCCCUUCGAAUAAACGCCAAAAAUUAAGUUUACAGUAUAUAAGCAAACCAGUUAAUAAUUAUGUAUCUCGUACACCGCCUUGGCCUGAGAAGCACAAAUUGUCUUCACAGUAUAUAGAAUUAGAGAUUCCGAGCUAUCCGAUGUCUAAAUAUCAGAUGCCAUCAAAACCAAAUGAUCAAAAUGUAGUAGAAAAUACCGAUUCAAUGAAAGACUGUGAAGAUAACACUUCACGAUGCUCGGAAUAUAGUGGUGAACAGCAAUAUCCAGAAAAUGAAGAAGAGUUAUGUGUUUGUAAACGUUGCACAUUCGAACUAGAUGACUCCAGCAAUGACAGCGUUUUUAGUGACUGUUGUUCUGAUGACAAAUGCUGUUAUAACAGCAGUAAAGAGAAUAAUGCCAUCGAAAACUUAAAUGCAACCGCGAACAGACCUGCGACUCCUGACAAUCCAAUUCACGAAAAAUCAACAUCAAUGAAUAAUUAUCAUGUCAGAAAUUCAUGUGUUCAAUUUAUAAAUGAUGGCACACCAAUAUGUCCCAAAACAUUGACAAGAAGUAGCUCUGAGCAAAAUAUUCGUAGUUUAGGAACCUCUUCUGCAAAACGAAGCUCUGAACCAAACAUUUCUGAUCCUACAGGAAAACAGGUUGAAAUAAAUUUCUUUUUGAAAUCAAAGAAGCGUCGUAAAUCUUGAUCUAUGAAAAAUAUUGAAAUAUAUUUGUGAUAGAAGAAACAUCUGUUAACGAAGACAAUAAUAAUAAGUUUAAGCAAAAUAAUCGUGAAAAGGAUAGACGUCCCAUAUUCCAAUUUUUUUUAUUGUAGCAAGUGUGGCUGCAAAUAAAUCUCAUCACAAAGUUUAAAAUAUAAAAAAAGUUAUUUA